AGGCAACCAUUGUGUUUAGUCAGUCAGUAGGUACCUUGUUAGCUUAGUGCCGUUACUGCAUUACUGGGGGAUUACUGGUCAGUGGCUGCUGCCUUUUAUCUCUGCCCGCUUUCGCUCAACAGAGCUUCCUUCUCUUCUUCCUCUUCCUCUUCCUUCCUCCCUCAUCUCUUGAUCAUCCCAUCUAUCAUCAAUCACAAAGUAAUAUCAUCUUUGCGGCAAUUACCUCCGAGGCAUCAUUUACUUGAUCUCUCGCCGUGUUUUCCGUUUCUUCUAAUUGUGUUUCUCGGUUCCUUUUUGAGUCGCAGGUAGACUUAUCGUUCCCUAGCGCAAUCCUCAGUAUUGCCUCGUUAUCAGACUGCUUCCAUCCAUUAUCCAUCCUAAACCAUCAAUAUGAGGGGGGGCAUUUUCGUCCUCGCUCUAGCCUACGCUGCUUCUGCGGCGCCCUCGUUUAGCUACGAGACCAUCCACGAUGGAGCCGCUCCCGUCAUCUCGUCCUCUACUGCUGAAGAGGUUCCCAACUCUUACAUCAUCAAGUUCAAGAAGCAUGUGACCGAUUCCUCAGCCUCUGAUCACCACUCGUGGGUUCAGAAGCUUCACAGCGACCGCGAAGAUGAGCGAUUAGAGCUCCGAAAGCGAGGUCAAAUUCCUCUGGUCGGCGAGGUUGUUGACUCCUUUAGGGGAUUGAAGCACACCUUGAAGAUCGGUACCGAGUUCCUUGGAUACUCUGGUCAUUUUGAUGACAACACCAUCGAGGAGGUUCGAAGACAUCCUGAUGUUGAAUUCAUCGAAAAAGACUCCGUUGUCCACACCAUGGCUGAGGACGAACCGGACCUAGAGAAGAACGCCCCUUGGGGUUUGGCCCGAAUCUCCCACCGUAAACAACUCUCUUUCGGUACAUACAACAAAUAUCUAUAUGCCGCCGACGGUGGUGAGGGUGUUGACGUCUACGUCAUUGACACUGGUACCAACAUCGAGCACGUUGACUUUGAGGGACGUGCUUCUUGGGGCAAGACCAUUCCCCAGGGAGACGAGGAUGUUGACGGCAACGGUCACGGUACCCACUGCUCUGGCACUAUUGCUGGUAAGAAGUAUGGUGUUGCCAAGAAGGCCAAUGUAUACGCUGUUAAGGUUCUCCGAUCUAACGGAUCUGGUUCUAUGUCCGAUGUUAUGAAGGGUGUUGAGUGGGCUGCCGAGCAGCACAUUGAGCAGGUUGCCAAGGCUAAGAAGGGCUCCCGCAAGGGCUUCAAGGGCUCAACCGCCAACAUGUCUCUAGGUGGUGGCAAGUCUCCAUCUUUGGAUCAGGCUGUUAACGCUGCCGUCUCCGCUGGUCUCCACUUCGCUGUUGCUGCUGGUAACGAUAACGCUGAUGCGUGCAAGUACUCGCCCGCUGCUGCUGAGAAAGCCAUCACUGUCGGUGCCAGCGCUCUGGAUGAUAGCCGUGCUUACUUCUCCAACUGGGGCAAGUGUGUUGACAUCUUCGGCCCUGGUCUUAGCAUCCAGUCGACCUGGAUUGGUAGCAAGACUGCCAUCAACACCAUCUCCGGUACCUCUAUGGCCUCCCCCCACAUCUGCGGUCUAACUGCCUACUUCCUUUCUCUCCAACCCAGCAAGGACUCCGAGUACGGUCUUGCCGAUAUCACUCCUGAGAAGUUGAAGUCCAACAUUGUCACCAUCGCCACCAAGGAUGCUCUCUCCGACAUCCCCAAGGACACCCCCAACCUGCUGGCCUGGAACGGUGGUGGUUUCCACAACUACUCCCAGAUCGUCGAGGAGGGUGGCUACGUAGCUGAAGCCCCCGCCGAUGCUUCCUUGUCCAUCGAUGAGCUUGAGAAGGCCAUCGAGCACGACUUGAACGUUGUCUCUGGCACUGUUGUUAAGGGUGUUUCUUCGCUCUCCGGUAAGGCCGAGGAGCUUUCUAACAAGAUCCACGAGGUCGUUGAGGAAGAACUCCGAGAAUUCUUCGACGAGAUCCGCGCAUAAAUUAUCGCGAGACGUAAAGGUCUACACUUGUAACUAGUAGAUUUUCCAGACGUGAUGAUAAUUAGGCGUCUGGUAAGUUUCCAUUGGAGCAUAGACUCAUUGAAUGGCAGUUAUUGGGCAUUCGGUCAGCUGGCCAAUCUAUACUUGUACACGCAGGAAUGGUUUUUGUUUUGGUAGCAUGGUAACGUUUCAUUAGGCCUGUCCGGUUAUGGUCGAAUAUCAGAUAUCUCAUUGCCGUCAA